AAGAAGAGGAAUAGAGGUAUCAUGCAGAUCUUCGUUAAGACGGCCGGAGGCCAGACUGUGGCCGUGCGCGUCUCCGCUGAGGGGACGGUGGCCUCGCUGAGGAGUGCGGCCUGCGUUUCGCAGGGCCGCCUCUUCUUCGGUGGCGCCUGCCUCGAAGAGGAGGCGUCGCUUGCCGCCAUUGGCCUGGUUUCGGGGUCCACCGUUCAGGAGGUCGUCCCGGUAGAGGGCGGUAAGGGCAAGAAGAAGAAGAAGCGCAUCUUCACGAAGCCGAAGAAGCCCAACCACAAGCACAAGCUUGAGAAGAUGCGCGCGCUCAAGUACUUCAAGGUCAUCGAGAACGACGACGGCUCCUACACGGUGGAGCGGACCCGUCAGGAGUGCCCCCACCCCCAGUGCGGCGCCGGCGUCUUCAUGGCGCAGCACAAGGAUCGCAAGUACUGCGGAAAGUGCCAUCUGACCUACAAGGAGGAGAGCAAGUAAAGUGGGAAGGAAGACACCUUUACCGGGGUCAAUGAUGCUUUAACCAUUUUUCUGAUCAUUUUGUUUUUGUAAUUUAUUGUGUAAAAAAAAA